GUGGAUCUGGAUCUGCAAGUGGGCUCCACUGCUCAUUGCAGCGCCCCUUAAACGUGCGCACCCACUUCAUCUCUCCCUUUGUUACUGUCUUGUUGGUUGAGAGUGAGAAAGAGACGCCACUUAACCUGCGCACCCCUCUCACGGAAAGCGGGGGUUGGUAAGCGAAGACCAGGCAGACAUAAAAUCAACCGAGAGAGAGAGAGAGAGAGAGAGAGAGAGAGAGAGAAUGGCCCAAGCUAGUAUCGCCACGGGCUUGAAGGGCGCCCAUUUCCCGGCGCAUCGUAGCAAAACCCAGAAAUCCAGAGCUUUUUCCUCUCUGUGGUUGGGAUCGGAAGCUAAGGUGGGUGCUUUCGGGGGUUUGAGGUUCGAAAGGGCUGGCUCAGAACUCUCUGCUCCGAUCUCUGUCAGGGUUUCGGCUUCAAUAGCCACCAAGGAGAAGCCGUCGACUGUCCCUGAGAUUGUGCUGGAGCCGAUCAAGGAGAUCUCUGGAACUGUCAAGCUCCCCGGAUCUAAGUCGUUGUCGAAUCGCGUUCUCCUCCUUGCUGCCCUCUCCGAGGGAACCACUGUUGUAGAGAACUUGUUAAGCAGUGAUGACAUCCAUUAUAUGAUUGGUGCACUUAAAACCCUUGGACUAAAUGUGGAAGAAGAUAAUGCAACGAAAAGGGCAAUUGUAGAAGGUUGUGGUGGGCAGUUUCCAGUGGGGAAGGAUUCAAAGGAGGAAAUCCAACUAUUUCUAGGAAAUGCAGGGACUGCAAUGCGCCCUUUGACAGCCGCUGUUACUGCUGCUGGUGGCAAUGCAAGGUACAUACUUGAUGGGGUUCCACGGAUGAGAGAGAGGCCUAUUGCAGACUUGGUUGUGGGUUUGAAGCAACUUGGUGCUGAUGUUGAUUGUAUGUUGGGCACUAAUUGUCCUCCCGUUAGUGUAAAUGCAAAUGGCGGCCUUCCUGGGGGAAAGGUGAAGCUUUCUGGAUCUAUCAGUAGCCAGUACGUGACUGCAUUGCUCAUGGCCGCUCCUUUGGCUCUGGGAGAUGUGGAAAUCGAGAUAGUAGAUAAAUUAAUUUCUGUGCCUUAUGUUGAGAUGACACUGAAACUGAUGGAACGCUUUGGUGUCACUGCGGAGCACAGUGGUAGCUGGGACCGAUUCCUGGUCAAGGGUAGUCAAAAAUACAAGUCCCCUGGAAAUGCGUAUGUUGAAGGCGAUGCGUCGAGUGCGAGUUAUUUCCUAGCAGGCGCAGCAGUCACCGGUGGCACCGUCACAGUUGAAGGUUGCGGUACAAGCAGUUUGCAGGGGGAUGUGAAAUUUGCGGAAGUGCUUGAGAAAAUGGGCGCAAAGGUUAGCUGGACAGAGAACAGCGUCACGGUUACUGGCCCAUCAUUAGAUCCUUCUAGAAAGAAACGAUUGCAGGCCAUUGAUGUCAACAUGAACAAAAUGCCUGAUGUUGCCAUGACAUUGGCUGUUGUUGCACUUUUUGCAGAUGGUCCGACAGCCAUAAGAGAUGUGGCAUCCUGGAGAGUGAAGGAGACAGAACGAAUGAUUGCCAUUUGCACAGAACUUAGAAAGCUGGGAGCGACGGUAGAAGAAGGCCCGGAUUACUGUAUAAUCACACCACCAGAGAAGCUGAAUGUGACCGCAAUUGACACAUAUGAUGACCACAGGAUGGCCAUGGCAUUUUCUUUGGCUGCAUGUGCGGAUGUUCCUGUCACCAUUAAGGACCCGGGCUGCACCCGCAAGACUUUCCCUGACUACUUCGAAGUCCUCGAAAGGUUUACGAAGCAUUGAGUGCUGUGUAUGUUGUGAGAGUGGUAGGUUAUGAGUGGCGGACAACAAUCAAUCGUGGUUGUAUGAUAAUCAUAUGAGUUGUGGUGUGCAUUAAGAAGCCUGUUAUUGUUAUUGUUAUUAUUAUCUACAACGCUGUUCAAUUUUAUUCUAGUUGGCUGGCUUUUGUUACAACUCAGCACAUUGUCUGCUCCAUUGUUGAAACAUCCAAAUGAUCCGCUCCAUUGAGAGAGGACUGUCUGUGAGA